GGCAAGAUACAUUGAUACUCUAACCCGUGAGUGUGAUUGUAGGUUCAUGAUUCACUCUCUGUCAAAUAUUUGAUCAAACCCAGAGCGCCUUAAUUAAACCAUCCAUCUUCCAGAUAUUGGUCCUUUCUAUUCUCUCGCAUUCUUUUCUGCUGUGCUCGCACUUUCCUCUAGCAUCUCAUUUUCAAUUUUUCCUCUUUCUAUCCUUCUAAUUUCUUGCAGACCAUGAGCUAACUUUUUCCUCAUCUCAUCCUCCUAGAGAAAGAGUUGCAAGAUUCUUUUCUUGCAAUUCUUUCCUGUCACUCUCCUUCUAUUUGCAGUGGGUGGCGUCUGUGCAGAUCAGAUCUUCCAGUGUGCUCUGUUUGUGAGGCAGGGCACCUAGAAGAUGGAGAAGCAUCCGCAUGCGGCGUUUGUGUUGGUGGGUUUGCUUGUGCUCACUAUCUUCCGUACUGCGACGGCGGAAAAUCAUGUCUCUGCGGUCGGAGAUCCGGGAAUGCGGCGAGAUGGACUCAGGGUUGCCUUUGAAGCUUGGAACUUCUGCAACGAAGUUGGCCAAGAAGCUCCUCGCAUGGGUAGCCCAAGAGCUGCUGAUUGUUUUGAUCUUUCCAACACUCUGAAACACAAGGUUACAGAAGAUGAUAACAGACUAGGGGUAGGGAAAUCUUUUCCAGGUCUGAGUCCAGGAGAUAUGAACGACACAGACAUGUAUGCGGUUGACAAGGAAUUAUAUUUGGGUUCGUUGUGUGAAGUGAAAGACACCCCAAGACCUUGGCAAUUUUGGAUGAUUAUGUUGAAAAAUGGAAACUACGACACACGUUCCGGUUUAUGUCCUGAGAAUGGGAAAAAGGCUCCUCCUUUUAGACCAGGAAGGUUUCCCUGCUUUGGACCUGGGUGUAUGAACCAGCCUAUCUUAUGCCAUCAAUGGACCCAGCUUAAAGAUGGUACAUUGCAAGGAAGUUUCAGUGGCACUUAUGAUUUGGAUUCCAAUUGUGGGGAUAGAGAACGUGAUGGCCUCUCUUACUAUGAGGUAGUCUGGGAAAAGAAGGUCAAUGUUGGAAGUUGGAUGUUCAAACAUAAGCUGAAGACUUCAAAGAAAUAUCCAUGGCUGAUGCUCUACCUCAGAGCUGAUGCGACCAAAGGAUUUUCUGGAGGUUAUCAUUAUGACACAAGGGGAAUGCUCAAAAUUCUUCCAGAGUCACCCAAUUUCAAGGUAAAAUUGAGUUUAAAUAUCAAAAGAGGUGGAGGACCCAAGAGCCAGUUCUAUCUCCUAGACAUUGGAAGCUGCUGGAAGAACGAUGGUUCUGCAUGCGAUGGAGAUGUUGUUACAGAUGUCACCAGAUACAGUGAGAUGAUCAUCAACCCAGAAACUCCAGCUUGGUGCAGCCCAAAGGGUUUGGUAAAUUGCCCACCAUAUCACAUCACCCCAGACGACAGAAAAAUAUACAGAAACGAUACCGCGAAUUUCCCAUACUCGGCUUAUCACUAUUACUGUGCCCCAGGGAAUGCCCGGUACCUGGAGCAGCCGGUGAGCACUUGUGAUCCCUAUAGCAAUCCUCAGGCACAAGAGAUAGUUCAGCUACUUCCUCAUCCUAUUUGGGGUGAAUAUGGAUAUCCCACUAAAAAAGGGGAUGGUUGGGUUGGGGAUGCAAGGACUUGGGAACUUGAUGUUGGUGGGCUAGCUAGUAGACUCUACUUCUAUCAGGAUCCAGGGACUCGUCCUGCUAAGAGAAUAUGGACCUCCAUUGACACAGGUACGGAGAUAUUUGUUAGUGAUCAAGAUGAAGUAGCAGAGUGGAGUGUAAGUGACUUUGAUGUUAUUCUAAGACAACCGAACCAAUCUAUCUGAUUCACUUGCUUUGGAUAUUUCCUUAGCCAUUCAUUCUAGGUAGCCAACCCUUGUCACUUAAGUCAGGAAGGCAUGAUCAUUUCAUUCUUGACUUUCCUUGAAAGAUUGAUUGUCAAGCAUAGGAGGAGGGCCCACAGUGUGGAAUUUGGAACCUAACUUGGUUGGCUUUUAAAUGCAUGUAGGGAAGGGAAAACUCCCCCCCCCCCAUGACUCUUUUGUUGGCCUUCUGUAUUGUCUUUACCUCAAUUUUAGACUAUUCAAAAUUCUCUCUUUUAAACCUGUUA